CGUAAUCUGCUGUUUAUUGAAUCAACAGUCAGUGGAUGUGUGUGCGGUUCAGAAACAUUUACAGAGAAACAGAUUAAUCAUAAACUCUCCAUCAAUAUGAAGAAUCAUUAUUUAUCGUUCUUACUCUUAUUACUCGUGGAGGGUGUGUUCAGUGACGUGAUGAUGUCAGUGAUGGAGGGAGAUUCUGUCACUCUACAGAUUGAUGUUACUGAGAUUCAGGGAGCUGAGACGCUGAUGUGGACGUUUAAUAAUCAAAGUGAUUUCAUAGCAAAGAUUGACAGAGAAAAUAAGAAGAUUAUCCCAGUACCCCCGAAAAAUGUUGAAAGAUUCAGGAACAGACUGCAGGUGGAUCAGAUCGGAUCUCUCACCAUCACAAACAUCAGAACCGAAGACUCUGCACUUUAUACACUAGAGAUCAGGAACAGUCAUGGGAGUUCAUCCAAGAGAUUCAGAGUUACUGUCUAUCGUGUGUCUGAUGUUGAGACAAAGUCUGUAAUGGACGGAGAUUCUGUCACUCUACAGACUGAUCUUACUGGAUUACAGACGGAUGAUGAGAUCCAGUGGAGUUAUUUUACACCAGAAGAAACUCGUUUAGCACGAGUCACUAUAGGGGCUGGAGACAGCUACACUAGAGUAUUCGAUGAUGCUGAUGUGAGAUUCAGAGGCAGACUGUAUUUGAACAGUAAAACUGGAUCUCUCAUCAUCAGUGACAUCAGAAAUGAACUCUCUGGACUUUAUAAAUUAGAGAUCAACAGAUCACAGACCAAACCAAAGAUCUUCAGAGUUACUGUUAGUGGUGUGUCUGAUGUUGAGACAAAGACUGUAAUAAAGGGAGAUUCUGUCAUUCUACAGACUGAUCUUACUGGAUUACAGACGGGUGAUGUGUUCCAGUGGAGUUAUUUUACACCAGAAGAAACUCCUAUAGCACGAGUCACUAUAGGGGCUGGAGACAGCUACACUAGAGUAUUCGAUGAUGCUGAUGUGAGAUUCAGAGGCAGACUGUAUUUGAACAGUGAAACUGGAUCUCUCAUCAUCAGUGACAUCAGAAAUGAACUCUCUGGACUUUAUAAAUUAGAGAUCAUCGGAUCACAGACCAAAUCAAAGAUCUUCAGAGUUACUGUUAUUGAUCUGGGUCUGUCUACAGGUGCAAUAGCAAUAAUUGCUGUUGUUGUUAUUGUUGCUCUUCUGCUGCUCAUUGCUGCUGCUGCUGCUGCUGGUGUGAUUCACCAUCGCCGCAAGGUCUCUGAACUAAGAAAUCAAAUUGGAAACCAAAAAGGCAAAAAGUAAUUGCUCCAAGGAAUAUUUGGUAUCAUCUAUUAAAGAGAUAAAGGUGAGAAGAGACACAUGACAGUCUGAAUUCAGGAUCCUAAACAUCAACAGUAUUUAAUCAAUAUAACAAUAUAAACAUGAGUUUAUUUGAAACUAACACUUUAGCACUAUUGCGCUGAGACACUUAACCAGACUGAAGAGCUUUAAUAUAAUAUGGCAGAAACAGAGAAACAUGUUUUCAUUGAUUAUAAUGUUGAUGUCAGAGUUUGCAGUUCACACUGAUGAUCAAUCGAUCAGAAACAUCUUUGACUGAUUCAGUGUGAUUGUUUGAAUCUCUGUGAGAUAACUUUGUCUUUUUUACACUUAUAUUGCAGAAGUAACCUCGAGCUAAACUAAAAGUGUUUGUGUAUUUUCUAUUGUAUUGUGAGUGAUGUCAUCAGCAGCAUGUGUUCAAUGAGACAAACGUCAUAUUUGUGGUCAAAUCAUUUUAUCAGUUCAAACCAGUCUGACCAUUCUCCAUUGAUCUCUCCCAUCGACAAGUGUUUCAUACACAGAACUGACCCUCACUGGAUGUGUUUUGUGUUUUUGGCAUCAUUCAGAGUAAAUUCUAGAGACUGUAGUGUGUGAAAUACUCAAACCAGCCCAUCUGACACUAACAAUCACCCAUGUGAUCAUCUAAUCAGCCAAUCAUGUGUACCAAUGAGUAAACAUUUAAUGAAAUGUACGUUAUUGUAACUGGAUCUUACAGUUCAAACAAAAUCCAUGUUUACACACUGACACAUAGUUAAAUCAUUUUAAACCAUGACUUUAACUAUACAGAAGUAAUAUUUACAUUAUAUUAAUGAUGUUAGUCAGAGGGGAACUGGCCCACACAGUGAGUUUGUUAUUUUUCUCCAUUAAUCCACAUCUUAUGGAGUUUUGUGUUCCUUGCCACAGUCGCCUACAGCUUGCUCACUGGGGUUAUUAAUACAACUAUUAUUUAAUUAUUUUUUAAAUACAAUUAAGAAUCAUAUUUUAUCUAAUUACACAACGAUGAUUCAUCGACAUUAUAGACAUUACAGUUUUAUUUUCUGUUAAUGCUGAUCUUCUGUAAAGCUGCUUUGAAACGAUGUGUGUUGUGAAAGGUGCUAUACAAAUAAAAAUGACUUUAAUUUAUUUGAUUUACUUUUGUAUCUUUAAACUUUAAAAUCUUUAAACCAAAUUACCAUAACCUACAUGUUAUAAGUGAAUAUUUAAAUCAUCCACA